AUGGUAUACUGCGGUAAGCCUUCGAAAGGCUGUUCCAACUGUCGUGAACGCAAGGUCAGGUGUGAUCAAAGGGAGCCCGGCUGUGGCCAGUGUGAGAAGCGCCAGCAACAAUGUCCCGGCUACCGAAACCUCGUCGACCUCAUGUUCCGAGAUGAAAGUUCCCACGUCAUCAAGAAAGCCGCUAAAACAAAGGCGAGGGGCCGCUUAAAGAAUGCACAGGCCUCGAGCGCCGGAUCAUCCACCGAAAAUACGGUAGCCAGCACCGGCCCCGAGACCUCCGAUCCGAAUCCUGGAACGGCCGUGAGAUCCGGCAUUCGGCGGCACCAAUAUCCACCUCGUCCCAUGGAUGCCACGAUGCAGACCAUGACCAUCAGGCAUCGGCAACGUCAGAUACGAUGGCCUUCCUCCUCCGACGAGAGCGACGACGACGACGACGACGACAUCGACGGUCUUUCGCCAUCUUCUCCGGAAAACGGGUACUGGUCGAAGGCACCGCAGGCAAGGCCUUUGUACUCUCUGUCGCCCUCAUAUCAAGAGCGCGGCACGGCCUUUUUCUUCUCUCGUUACGUCUCUAUGGACGAGAAUGCAUGCCAUCAGAAUUAUGACUUCAUCUUUGAUGUCUGGCGUCCUGCCAGCAUGCUGCCCAGUCGACAAGCAGACGGCGUGAUGGCGAGUAUUGCUGCUGUCGGCUUAGCCGGCCUUUCCCACCUUACAAUGUGUCCUGAAAUGAUGGACUGGUCGCGUCAGAGCUAUGGCGCCGCUCUUCAAAUGACCAACGAUGCUUUGAGGGAUCCGGUUGAAGCAGUCAAGGACACUACCAUGUUGUCCAUCCUCGUCCUGGGCACCUACGAAAUGCUAAGCGGCCGUACGAACCAGACGGUGAGAGCGUGGCAAAACCACCUCAACGGUGCCUCUGCUCUGGCGAAAAUGCGCGGCCUCAGCCAGUUCAGGACCAGAGCGGGAGCACGCAUGUUCAUGAUGCUGACGCAGAUCGUCCUCAUCAACUGUAUGCAGAGAGACAUGCCCAUGCCGCAGUCUCUGAUCGACCUCCGGAACCAGCUUGGUAUGCUUUCGGGCGGAACCGAUCCUGGCUGGCGACUAUCCGGCCCCAUAUAUAAGGUCAUGCAGUUGCGGUACGAAAUAAACAGUGGAAAACUCAACCAGACGGCCGAUGUCAUCAACCAACUGUCCAAGGUUGACCAAGACUUUGCGGAUAUUAUCGCCGAUCUGCCCGAAACGUGGAAGUACAGAUCCGUGAAGCUUGCCACAGCGCACCCUGCCGUGUUCGAUGGUCACCGCUGUGAUGUAUAUGCCACACUAGGGCUGGCCUCGACUUGGAAUGGCGUCCGAUCGAUAAGAAUGAUGGUGCACGAGACCAUACUAGGAGAGCUCUUCAAGUGCUUUCAUGGCCAGCACAUAAUGCUUUGGCCAUACGAAGCAAAAUUGCAGCUGGCAAAGUCUGUCGAGUUGCUGGAAAAACUUUGCGACACAGUGCUGGCGAGCAUUCCUCAACAUUUCGGCGUCGUCAACUUCAGAGAUGCUAUGGUUGGAGGCGGCGGCUCAGCGUCAGCCAUUGUACCAGCAACAAGGUCUCCGUCUCGCAUUGUGCGGUCUCCCUCAAUAACUGCGCCGUCGUCUUCGCCGCCAUCCGUGGCCGACUCGCCGCAUAGUCCAAGGUUUUUCAAUGGACCGACUCUGCACGAUCCAACGCAUGCCAAAGGCCUCAACAACGAUGCCGAGCGAUUCAUGACUCUUGCUUCCGCGAGCAAUACCAUCGUAUGGCCGUUAUACUUGGUUGGCGUAUCAUCAUGUUGUACGCAAGAAGUUAAGGACUUUGUUGUCGACCGAUUGAAAGCAAUACUCGAGGAGUCGGGCUUGUUGCAAGCCCAUGGAGUGGCACUUAUGGUUCGGGACAAGGAGGUGUAUGUCCCGUGGUCUGAUGUAUCCUGGAAUCGGAUGCCACAGACACAUCUAUCGUCAGACUUGAUCGUGUAG